AACAAUUAUCUGGACGGGACCCAAGGAGAGGCCAUGGGCUCCAUGAGUGGCUUGCACUUCAGAGAUAGCAACAGAAAGGUUGACUAUGUUUUAGUCUACCACUACCGGAAACGUCUCACCCAGCACAAGUCUGGAGCUGGAUCACUAGGACCAAUACAUAGGGCAGCCUCCAUGGCCAUCGUUUCAAAUGGAGAGACCAAGAAGGGCUGCCUCAAUCUGCAGCCAGACAGUGGCCAGCAUAUCCCUCAGGAGGCUCAAGUGAUUGAGCUGGACCCACUGGACACCCUGGAGGAGGAAAAACGACUGCAGAGGGAAGAGUAUGAAUGCAAUCUAGCCGCAGCAGGACUGGAGAUUGAGAAGGACAUUGAGAAUAAGAGCCAAGGGCUGAACUUUGUCCGUAUUCAUGCAACUUGGCAAGUACUUAGCCGAGAAGCGGAACUCCUUAAAAUAAAAAUGCCCACUAAAAAGAUGUAUGAAAUCAAAGAAGAAGAGGGAAUAGUCAAAAAGUUAAGUGAAAUAUGGUGCAAAUUGUUUGAACCUCUGCAACCCCAUGUGCCACAAGAAGAUACCAAGAUGAAAAACCUGUCUUAUCCAUUUUCCAGAGAGAAAAUAUAUUUGUACAACAUCAGAGAUAAAAACACAUUUUUCAACAAUGCUACCCGCAGUCGAAUAGUACACGAAAUUUUGAAGCGCACUUCUACAAAGACCAGAAACAGCAUGGGUAUUAGCACAUUAAUAGCAAACAACGUUUAUGAUGCUGCAUACCCACUUCAUGAUGGUGAAUAUGAAUACCAAAAUGAUGACAUGAAUGAGAGAAAGUUGCUGUAUCGAGAAUGGGCAAGAUAUGGAGUAUUUUACAAGUUUCAGCCAAUUGACCUCAUAAGGAAGUAUUUUGGGGAAAAAAUAGGACUUUAUUUUGCGUGGCUGGGCUUAUAUACAGAAUUCCUCAUUCCAUCUUCAGUCGUUGGGAUUAUUGUAUUUCUUUAUGGAUGUAUAACCAUUGAGAGCGACAUUCCUAGUAAGGAAAUGUGUGACCAGCAUAAUACCUUCACCAUGUGCCCUCUCUGUGACAAGUUCUGUGAUUACUGGAACCUCAGCUCUGCGUGUUCUACAGCUCGAGCUAGUCACUUAUUUGACAAUCCUGCCACAGUCUUCUUUUCCAUCUUUAUGGCUCUCUGGGCUACUAUGUUCCUUGAGCAGUGGAAGCGUUUACAGAUGAGGCUGAGUUACUUCUGGGAUCUGACUGGAUUGGAGGAAGAAGUAAGUUUCUUCUCCCUGAGCUAAUUUACCGCAUAAAUUAUUCUCACUCUGAGGAUACUUUCUAAUGAAUGUUCUUCAGUUCAAUGCUAGAACUGGCACAGUUUUGAGUGUCAUUGUAUCCUUCAGGAAACAUUGUAUCCUUCAGGAAAUAGCCACAUAUGUACUAGCAUUCUAAUUCUAACAAUCAGUGUUGAAAAGGACUGAAAGAUGCCAGCAACUCAUUCCUUGUUAAAAAUAUCAUAUGCCAUUUUAUAGAAUAUGGUAUCAGAAUGAAGUUAAUACCUUGUCACAUAGAUGCCACUUCAUUAUGUGUAACAAAACUUAUGAUAUCAAUUGUAACAUGUUAAGACAACAUAAGUAAUAUUUGCAUCUAGGUCUGUCCUCUAUCUAUGAUGCCAUUUUAAAAGCAUCCUAAGUUUCAUAUACUCAGGGCUUUUUUAAGCAAGCAAUAUGUUUGAUUACUCAAGAGUAUUUUUGAAAUGCGUUGCAAUAAACUGAUAGGUCUUCAAACUGUACCUGAGUUGCUGAAAAGUGAGAGAUAAUAGUUGAUUACUAUUUACAACAUCCCAAGUACACUUCUAGUUUUAUUCUCAGAUAUUUUGUGUCAUAGCGUACUGUCUGCUUAAAUUACUGAAUGUCAUCAUUGAUUUCAAACUCUGACUAAAAACAGAGGAGCUACUAGCCCUAAAUAUCCCUUAAUAUCCUCUAAAUACAGUAACUAUGCAUUUGCAUUACAUAUGCCAUACUGAUAGAUGCUGACAUGGCAUUGAAAUAGUGUCAGAUUCAUCAUCAUGCUGCUCAAAAUGCAAAGUAGUUUAGAAUUGCAGCAAUUAGAUUCUCUUUUAUCACUUCUAGCAAGCUGUGUACCUACAAAGAAUAAUUUGUUGUUGACUGCUCUCUUUGUUGACUUUAAGAAAUGGAUUCAAAUUCUCCUGUCAGAUCAAGGAAGUCCUACAACUCCCAUUCCAGGAAUCUGAUCACAUUUUGUUGUG